AUGUCGCACCCUGCAUCUUCUUCUUCUCCGCAAGGAACGACCACCGCUACCAAGAGUGACGCCCGUACGCAUCUUCUCUCACACGUGGCACGUAGUCGACAGCACGCUUUCUUUACGGGCGAGUCCAGCACCAUGGCGACGACCAGCGCUUCGGCCGCCGAGCCCGGCUACGGCACCGUCAAGCACGGAGACGUCGAAAGCUUCAAGCCUAGCGAUGACGACGAGGUUCGCGAGCUCAACGAAGAUGGACCGACAUCGGAGGCGAGCUCUAUUCAUGUACAGGAUGGUGUCAGGCGCGUCGAGGCCAUUACGACAGUGUGGUCAAAGAAGACCAUGACGGUCAUGUUUGUUCUUCUGUACCUUGUCAGCUUCGUCGACACUCUGCUCCAGAGCGUGCAGGGUGCUCUCAGCCCCUACGUCACGUCCAACUUCAAGGUGCACGGCCUCAUUGGCGUGACCGACGUCCUGUCCUUUAUCCUCGGCGGCGUCUGCACCCUCGCCAUUGCCAAAAUCAUUGACAUUUGGGGCCGCGCCGAGGGCUUCGCCGUCAUGAUUGUCUUCAUCAUUGUCGGCAUGAUUAUGAAGGCCGCCUGCAUCAACAUUGAAAUGUACACGGCGGCAAACUCCAUCUACUGGGUCGGCCACAUUGGCGUGCAGUACGUGAUCCAAAUCAUGUACGCCGACAUGACGACGCUGCGCAACCGGAUGGUGCUCUUUGGCGUGCUGCAGCUGCCCAGCAUCGCCGCCACCUUUGGCGGGCCCAAGAUUGCCGACCUCUUUUACACGCACGCCAACUUUCGGUGGGCGUUUGGCGCGUUUUGCAUCAUCAUGCCCGUCUUUGCCGCGCCGGUGCUGGUCAUAUUUUGGUGGGCAAAGCUCAAGGCCCAGCGCGAGGGCAAGUUUCCUGAGCGUGUCAAGGCGCGCUCGUACUAUGAAACUUGCAAGCACUAUGCUAUCGAGUUUGACGUUUGCUCUCUCUCCUUCCUUGGGUGUACUAAUCUCGAUUUUUCUGCAAAAGUUGUGGGCAUGCUUCUCACCAUCUUUGGCUGGAGUCUUCUCCUGCUGCCUUUUAGUCUAGUCAACUAUGCCCCCAACGGCUGGAAGACUGGCUACAUUAUUGCCAUGAUUGUCGUCGGCUUUGUCCUGCUGGUCGCCUUUGUCAUUUGGGAAAAGUAUUUUGCAAUUGUCCAGUACUUUCCCUUUAAGCACCUCAAGGACAGGAGCGUUCUGGGCGCUUGUUUGCUCUACGGCUUCAUGUUCCUCUCCAUCUUCACCUGGGACACAUACUACUAUUCAUAUCUACAAGUCGUCCAUGACCUCAGCAUCACCAACGCCAGCUACACUCUCAACGCCUUUUCUCUCAUGUCUUCCGUCAUUGGUCCACUGACUGGAGUUCUGAUUCGAUACUAUGGGUACUACAAGUGGCCGUCUAUUGGCAUGACGCCAUUCGCCAUACUUGGCACAGCACUCCUCAUCCACUUCCGCACUCCCUCGUCGCACGUCGGCUACCUUGUCAUGUGCCAACUCUUCAGCGGCAUCUACAGCGGUGUAUGGGCCGCCACAGCGCAGCUCAGUGUCAUGGCAAACGUCACCCACCAGGAAACUGCCGUUGCAAUCGCCCUCUUUGGACUAUUUGGCUCAAUCGGCGCGGCCAUCGGUCAGGCCGUUGCCGGUGGCCUCUGGACCAACGUCCUGCCGAGGGAGCUCUACAAGAACUUGCCCACCGAGCUCAAGAGCAACGCCAGCGCCAUCUAUGCCGAUCUCGAGGUGCAGCUCAGCUAUCCCAUGGGCAGCCCUGCUCGUGAUGCCAUUGUUGUCUCGUACGGUCACGUCCAAAGACUCAUGGUUAUUGUGGGCUGCUGUUUUCUGCCGAUUUGCAUCGCAUGCUUGUUUAUGUGGAAGAACCUCAACGUCAAGGAUAUGGAGACCAAGGAGCGCCGUAAGAAGGGCAACGUCUUGUAA